CCUCUUUUUUUUGGUUUUUGGACAAAAAGAAAAGAACCAAACACAAUCCCUAAUUUCAGAAGAAGGAAGAAAGAGGGGCUCUUUGCGUCUUCUGAGAGAGAUCCAGGGUUUCGAAGCGGGGGAUGCCGGAGAUCAUGGCGGAGGAGGAGCUCGUGCUUGCUCCGACGAGCUCGCGGUCGGUGACGGAGACGGUGAACGGUUCGCACAAGUUCGUGAUCAAGGGGUAUUCGCUGGCGAAGGGGAUGGGGAUCGGAAAGCACAUCGCAAGCGAGCCAUUCACCGUUGGGGGAUACCAAUGGGCCAUCUAUUUCUACCCUGAUGGCAAGAACCCUGAGGACAACUCCACCUAUGUUUCUGUUUUCAUUGCCCUCGCCAGCGAUGGUACUGAUGUUCGCGCUCUGUUCGAGCUCACGCUUAUGGAUCAAAGCGGAAAGGAGAAGCACAAGGUCCAUAGCCACUUCGAUCGGUCCCUUGAGAGCGGCCCUUACACCCUCAAGUACCGUGGCAGCAUGUGGGGCUAUAAGCGUUUUUUCAGACGAGCUGCACUUGAGACAUCAGAUUUUCUCAAGGAUGAUUGCUUGAAAAUCAAUUGCACUGUGGGUGUUGUGGUUUCUGGGAUUGACUCUCCUAGAUUACACUCCAUAGAUAUUCCUGAUUCGGAUAUUGGGAUGCAUUUUGGUGCACUUCUGGAAACACAGGAAGGCUCAGAUGUCCUUUUCAAUGUGGCUGGAGUUAAAUUUCAUGCUCAUAAGUUGAUAUUAGCUGCCCGAUCCCCUGUAUUUAAAACUUCCUUUUCUGAUGCGUUUACUGGGGACAAGUCUGAGAUUUUGGUUACAGAUAUUGAACCCGAGGUUUUCAAGGCAAUGCUACAGUUUAUAUACUGUGAUACCUUAGUGGAUGAUGAAAUGCUGGCUGCAUCAAGUUCAACGUCAUCUGUUUCUGACUCAUUUGCUGCAAAAUUAUUAGCUGCAGCAGACAGCUAUUGUUUGGAAAGACUCCGGUUGAUGUGUGAAUCUUAUCUGUGCAAGGAUUUGUCUGUGAAUUCUGUUGCCCGAACUCUGGCAUUUGCUGAGCGUUACCAUGCUAUGGAACUUAAGUCAGUUUGCCUCAAAUUUGCUGCUGAAAAUCUUGCAGCUGUAAUGGAAACAGAUGGAUUCAAAUACUUGAAGGACAACUGCCCAGCUCUACAAUCAGAACUCUUAAAGAUAAUUGCAGGGUGCGAAGAGGAAUGCAGCAGCGGUGGAAAGAGCCGAAGCGUGUGGGGCCAGCUCUCAGAUGGUGGUGAUUCGAAUGGCCGGAGGCAUGCAGUAAGAUACAUGACAGCUGACAGAAGAUUAUCGGCGCUGGGUGAAGACAAACCGGUGCCAUCUAUUGAUUCUCUCAUGAAUUUUAGUUUGCCUGCUUGGCUAUGAUGAAAUGGAGAGAAAGAUCAUGCAUUCUGAACAAAAAAACCUGGUGCCAUGUACCGCGUUCAUGCAAAUUUAUUUCAUAAAUGAUGGCCUAGGAAAACUUAUUUAACUUUGAUUGAUUUCUUUAGUGUUAGGCAUCUGAUUGCAAGACUUAUGUCAUUAAUUCUGUCUCGGUUGGUUGGGUUACUCUGGUUCAAUGUAGUCUUCGAUGCAUUGAUUGUGUAGCGAUACAAUGCUAGUCAAACUUCUUAUAAGAUAGCUCAUAGUCUAGUUGAUGGAGUUGCUGAUUGAAA